UCGUUCGCUCGGUUCCUCUCCUGACGAAGAUGAAAGAAGGCGGCGGCAGCAACAGGAGCCACUGUCGGCGAAGUUAAGCCCGAGUUCUGCCCGCCCGCGAAUCCCGGGCGCCCGAUGGAGGCCCUGGAAUGGGACGCGCUGAGGAACGGCAGCCUCCUGCCUACUCUGAGCCCGGCUGUGCCUCCGUACGUGAAGCUGGGUCUCACCGUGGUUUACACCGUCUUUUAUUCGCUCCUUUUCCUCUUCAUUUACGUCCAGCUCUGGCUGGUCCUGCACUACCGGCACAAAAGGUUUAGCUAUCAGACGGUCUUUUUAUUUCUGUGCCUGCUCUGGGCUUCUCUUCGGACGGUGCUUUUCUCCUUUUAUUUCAAGGACUUUGUCGCCGCCAAUUCUCUCAGUCCCUUCGCCUUUUGGCUCCUCUAUUGCUUCCCGGUGUGCCUCCAGUUUUUCACCCUGACGCUUAUGAACCUUUACUUCACCCAGGUGAUUUUCAAAGCUAAAUCUAAAUACUCACCAGAAUUACUUAAAUACAGGUUACCCCUCUACGUGGUGUCUUUUGUGGUCAGUCUACUUUUCCUGCUGGUGAAUUUAACAUGUGCUGUGCUUGUGAAAUUAGAAAAUUCAGAAAGGAGGAUAAUUGUAUUGGUCAGGGUUGCUAUAAAUGACACUCUGUUUGUACUCUGUGCCAUCUCACUCUCGGUUUGUCUCUACAAGAUUUCCAAAAUGACCUUAGCAAAUAUUUACUUGGAAUCUAAGGGCUCAUCAGUAUGCCAGUUAACAACAAUAGGAGCAACUGUUAUACUACUGUAUACCUCAAGAGCCUGUUACAAUCUGACUAUUCUAUCAUUUUCUCAAAAUAAGGCAAUGAACUCUUUUGAUUAUGAUUGGUACAAUGUAUCUGAUCAGGCAGAUCUGAAAUGCCAGUUGGGCGAUGCUGGUUAUAUAGUAUUUGGAAUAAUCUUGUUUGUGUGGGAACUUCUCCCCACUUCCUUGGUGGUAUUUUUCUUCCGUGUUCAAAGUCCUACAAAAGACCUAACGAAUCCAGCAAUAGUACCAACUCAUGCUUUUAACCCAAGAACUUAUUUCUUUGACAAUCCUCGCAGAUAUGACAGUGAUGAUGAUUUGGCGUGGAGCAUAUCACCACAUAGCAUAUAUGGCAGCUUCUCUCCUGAAUCCUAUGACUGGGGAUAUCUAAAUAACAGCUUAAUGGUUCAAGUUGGAUCCCUACAACAUGAUUUCAUUUCAGAUUCUCAGCGACGAAGCCCAAUAUAACAAGAGACCAAUGAUACUCUCUCCCCUUUAUUCAACUUUAGUAAGAAGGGUUAUUUUGCAAGGACUUACAUACUUAAAUUAUGUACAAAAGAACUGAGAGUUUAUAAUGUUAAAAAUAUUUGAGUUUUAAAGAGUU